UUCCCUCCGACGCCCUACCUUAAUGUGUCGAAUAGCACGAUUGAAAAGUGGGUGGAUGGCAAUAUGACCCAAUGUAUGAGAGGCGCUCAUCCGAGUCAUUAUGUUGGGUCAAGCACGUGUCACUUUCCCAGAUACAAUGUUCGCAAUGCAGCCGCUUCCUUGAUUGUGGCGUCGGUGCCCUUGUAUCUUGGACUACUGGGCGCUUUGUGGUCUUUUAGGCUUCUGUUGCGAUAAGUGGUACCAGGCUCUGAGAGGAUCAAUGUGAUAUCUCCCUUCUGGCGGUUGGCUCUGGGUUAUGU